CACAAUUAAAUGCUGGGUUUGCAGGGAGAGGCUGUGCCCGCCUUGUUUCAGCUCAGUGAAUCUCCUUAAAAAUGCCUGUUUUCACUUCGGCGUGUUUUCUGUUGAAAUUAGAUGAUUUAUGUUAAUUAUUGAGGUUUAAUUUUGCACCGGGCAUAUCUCAUGGUAACUAAGCAGCAACUAUAACUCUGUAGGAGAUGGCAAUCUUGGCAAAGCCCUUAUUGGAUAUAUAAGAAGGAAUCCCUGCUCUUCCUCAUUUUUCAGAUUUUACUGAGAUGAUGAGGGCGCUGGGGUAUCCUCGACUUAUAUCCAUGGAGAAUUUCCACACCCCAAACUUCAUGCUUGUGUCAGAAGUGCUGCUGUGGCUGGUGAAAAGGUAUGAACCUCAGAGUGACAUUCCUGCAGAUGUGGAGACGGAGCAGGACCGGGUUUUCUUCAUUAAAGCCGUGGCUCAGUUCAUGGCUACCAAGGCUCACAUCAAGCUGAACACGAAGAAGCUGUACCAGGCCGAUGGAUACGCGGUGAAGGAGCUGCUCAAGGUCACCUCGGUGCUCUACGGGGCCAUGAACACCCAGGGAGGGGAGCGUGCAGACCUCCCCGAGGAGGACAGCACCAAGUUCAAGUUUGAUCUGGGCUCAAAAAUUGCUGACUUGAAGGCAGCUAGACAGCUUGCUUCUGAAAUCACCUCCAAAGGAGCAGUCCUGUACGACUUACUUGGCAAAGAGGUGGAACUGAGGGAAGCAAGGACAGAAUCUAUUGCCAGACCUUUGGAAAUAAAUGAGGCUGAGAAGGUGAUGAAAGUUGCCAUUAACAGCGUUCUGGAAGAAGUCCAAAAGACUAAAGACAUGUUGAAUAAUGUGGCUUUGGAUGAAGCCAGUUUGGAAGCCAAGAUUGAAAAACGAAAAUUGGAACUGGAAAGAAGCCAGAAGAGGCUGCAGACUCUGCAGAGUGUUCGUCCUGCUUUCAUGGAUGAGUACGAGAAGAUUGAGGAGCAGCUGCAGAAGCAGUACAGUACUUACCUAGAAAAAUUCCGAAAUUUGACCUACAUGGAGCAGCUCCUGGAUGAUCAUCGACGGACAGAGCAGGAGAUGUUUGAGGAAGCAGCCAACAUGUUACGUCUCAUUCAGAACAGGCUGAAGGAGGAGGAGCAGCACCUGCUGAAGAGUGGAAGUAAUGAUGACUCUGACAUAGAAAUCCAGGAGGAUGAAGGAUCUGACAGCGAGAGGGAUUUGCAGAUCCCGAGGCACCGCAUCAGCACGGAAGCUCUCCUGCCAGGAAGAGUUGGCACUCGGAUCGUGGGAUCAAUGCAGGGUGGAGACACGGAGGAAGAUGGGACCCCAGCCCCGGCACGGCCAGGCCGGCGCAAGGCACAGGACUCAGGGGAUAGUGAGAUUGAUCUGGAUGAAGAUGAAGAUGAGGAGGAGGAGGAGGAUGAUCUGGAAGAUGACAGCAUGGAAAUCGCCCCAGGCAAAGCCAGUCUCCGAGCAAGGAAGCCAGAGCCACUGGAGCAAAGUGAUAAUGACUUCUGACCCUUCAGUAGCAGGAGGCCUCUUGAAGCACAAACUUUGGAGAGGCCAGGAGCUAAUACCCUGCUGUCUGAAAACUGUGUGUCAGUGUGAAUCCAAAAGUUGGUAAAUAAUGUUUAUUAAACCUGAAAAUUAAACUUGGAUUGCCAGGUUUGUGAAUCUCAAAGCAUGAGCAGUUUAUCCAUACUGAGAAUCACAGUAAUGUGCACUUAUUUCCAUAAUUGCACUAAACUGUGCACUGCAGUGCCAGAAGUCUCACUCCAGUGAGCAUUGUGUGCCUGAUUUCCCUGCAUUUUAUUAUGUCCAAAUAGAUUCCUUUGGCUUAAUAAAACUGGAUGAAAAGCUGCUCUGGGAA